AUGGCUCGAAUGAGGCGCAGCCGGCUCUCGAAGCUGGCGCUGCUGGGGGCGCUGGCCGCCGUCAGUUGGCAGUGCAAUUUCGUGGCAGGCCGCCCAUCCUUCCAAGUCCCCGCACGAGAUCAAAGCGCCGUGGUGAGAGAGGCCGCGAAGAAGAUCUCCUUCCGAGAAGCUGGCCAGCAGAAGCUCCAGGCGGGCAUCAACGCGGUGACCAACGCGGUGAAGGUGACCCUGGGGCCGAAGGGCCGAAACGUGGUGCUCCAGCGAGAGUCCUUCCAGGUGCCUCAGAUUGUCAACGAUGGCGUGACCAUCGCCCGGGCUAUUUCCUUACAGGACAAGGAGAUGAACUUGGGCGCGAAGCUGUUGACGCAGGCCUCCGCCAAGUCCGAGUCCAACGCCGGGGAUGGCACCACCAGCGCAGCGGUGCUGACGCAGGAGAUGGUCAACGAGGGCAUGCAGCUGGUGAGCAGCGGCUUCAACCCCGUGCUCAUGCAGAAGGGCAUGCGGGCGGCAUCGUCCUUCAUCUCCGCAGAGGUGGAGAAGCUUGCAAAGCCCGUUGAGAGCAGCGACCUGAAAGAUAUUGCUACGGUGUCCGUCGGCGGGAACGAGAACAUGGGUCAGAUGAUUGCCGAGGCCUUCAAACGUGUCGGUGACACUGGGAAUGUGGUCAUCGAGGAGUCCCAGGUUUUGGAGGACGAGGUUGAGGUCAGCGAGGGUCUCACGCUGGACAGAGGUUACAUCUCUCCGUACUUCGUGACAGAUACCCAGCGCUUAGUGGCUGAGCUCAAGAAGCCGAGAGUGCUGGUCACGGAUCAGAAGCUUUCGGACGCUUAUGACAUCCUCACUCUACUUGAGGAGCUGUUGAAGAGCAAGCAGCCGAUUUUCAUCAUCGCAGACGACGUCACUGGGGAGGCCUUGCAGACCUUGGUGCUCAACAAGCAGCGGGGUAUCCUGGACGUAGUGGCCAUCAAGGCGCCGGCCUUCGGUGCCCGCAAGACGGCGAUUUUGCAGGACAUUGCGCUGGCCACAGGCGCCGAGUUCAUCAACUCCGAGCUGGGGAUGACCUUGGCGGACGCCACCGUGGCGCAGCUGGGCUCCUGCGAAAAAGUUGUGGUGGAGAAGGAGAAGGCUGUUUUGGUGACUGAUGGCCAGCACGCAGACGCCGUGAAGGAGCGAAUCCAGCAGCUUGAGCAGCUGGUGGAGGAGACAGACAGCACCUAUGACCAGGAGAAGAUUCAGGUGGUGUGGGCCAAGGGGGUGGGUUACCGGACUGCGCCGGACCUGGACGCCAAAGCGGACCGGAGGACGGAGGAUGGGCUCUUCCUGCCGCUGCGCGGGCCAGACGGUCAGCAGCUGCUGCGGCGGCAGCGGGAGAUGGUGCCCUGGGUCGACGACUCAGCGCCUUUCCCUUCGCCGCCCGGCCCCUCCCAGGUGCCUGCGGUCAACGAAUUGGAAAGCUUGCACCAGAAGUACGACAAGAAGUAUGGCAAGCCCAAAAGCGCUGCAGCCUCGCCCUUUGGGCCCAUGGCCACAUCGCACCUGGCGCAUGGCGACUACAUGCGCGAGUUCAAGCAGGGUCUGGAGGAGAUGGGGGUAGACACCAGUGACGACCCUUACCUCAACGCCUAUGUCGGACCUGACAAGAGCCGUCGCGGGCCGCUGGCCAGAAGUGGAGACUCCAUCUCGCGGCCAAGCAGCCGAGCGUCCCUCACGAAGCCUGGAAGCAGAGGGAAAGCUGAGGCCGGCUCGCCCUUCGCGGUGUGCGGCACGCUGGUCACGGGCGCCGCUGGCUCCGGGGCGCGGUGGAAGGAGGGCCCUGAGAACGCCAUGCUGCCGGUGAAGGAAUGGACCAGUGUGAAGCAUGGCAAAGAGGUGCUCAGCAGUUGCUCCAGCGGCCGCGUGGUGGAUCUCUCAGAUCGAAACAUCAUGUGCAUGUCCUUGCGCGGUGAAAUGGCAGUAUGUGGAAGUGCUGAUCAUGGUCUCAAAGAGAUCAAUGUUCGGACAGGCACGGUGAGCCGCACGCUCUAUACCAAACGGUAUGGGCACAGCGAGUGGGUCACCACAGUUUCACAUUGCCGAGAUGGCCGCAUUAUCUCGGGCGGGAUGGACAGCAAGCUUUGCCUUUGGAAUGCAAGCGGCGUGGUGUGCGUCGACCUCACGGGUCAUGUGGGCUCCGUCUCUCGUGUGAGGGCUUCCGCCAAUGAGGAUGUCGCCAUCUCCUCCGGCUACGACCGCACGCUGAGAGCUUGGGACCUGCGCCGGAAGGGAGAGCUUGGCUGCUGCACAGGUCAUGAUGCUUCAAUCACAGAGUUCGUUUGGGCGGAUGGCAUCCUUGCCAGCGGCGAUCGUUCUGGCAUCGUGAAGGCCUGGGACGCCAACACGGCCCAGGCGCUGGGCACUCUGCGGGGCCACAAGGGCCACAUCACCGCCAUGCUGGCGCUGCCAGGUGAAUCUCCUCUUCUGGCUUCCGGCGCUCAAGAUGGGCACCUCAGGAUCUGGGAUCUGCGGCAGAAGCUGAAUGCCUAUUCCAUGGCCGCGCACCCUGGGGGCGCCAUCAAUGAGAUCGGCAUCACGACAGGCAGCAAUCCUGUGAUUAUCACUGUGGGCGCUGAUGGUCGGCUGCUUGGUUUUGACCCCCGGGCCAACUUCGAGCCACUGAUGGAGUUUGGCGGCAUCACUUCAGAUUUUAUCUACAGCAUGUUGGUGCUGAAUGACUUGGUCUUUACUGGGGAUGGUAGAGGUCGCGUGACUUGCUUCGACGUUCCUUCCAAGCAAAAGCUCUACGUCUUGGACGCCGGACAAAAUGCCAUUCGCUGCAUGGCGGCAACGGAGAAAGUGCUUGUCUGUGCUGGUGACGAUGGUAAUGCUUUGAUGUUCGACUUCUGA